AUGGUUGGCAUUCAGUGGGCAGCAUUGGGAGCUUUGGCUCUGGGCGCCGUUUCGGCAUCCGCCUUCGAAGAGGACUGGGCCGCCCAGUUGCUCCGCCGCCAGGCGCCAGGGAGCGCUUCCUACAGUUGCCAUGCUUCCUGUGGACAAGUUAUCGUGCUCGGCCGCACGACAGGUUACUGCACCAACGACGUAUUCCUCUCUAGCUACGAUGCCUGCCUCAAGUGUGCUGGUCCGGACAACGAGAACAUUUGGAAAGAUUACGGCAACAGCGUCGCAAAGGCUGGUGCCGCAUGUGACCUUCCCCAAGAGCCUGUCUCUGGGACACCAACAGAUCCCGAAACUACUGCCCCUCCUUCGACCGAUGCUUCGACCGCUGCUCCUACCGCUGCUCCAACUGCCGAGCCCUCGGCAGAGUCCCCGGCUGCCUCCUCAGCUGCCCCCUCAGCUGCCCCCUCCGUUGAUUCCUCAGUUGAUUCCUCAGCCGCCCCAACUCAGGCUCCUACUACCGCUGCGACUGGCGGAGCAGCGAACUCAAGCCAAGCUCCAGUAAGUUCCACCGUAGCUACCACUACAAGAGCUGGAAGUGCCCAAGGCACUGGAUCCGCAACCACUUCUUCCGCAGGCAUAGAGUUCACCGGUGCCGCCCAUUCCAAUGCCGUGGGGAGCGUUGGUGCUAUUGUCAUGUUUGCAGCGGGUGUUGCUGCUGCCAUCGGCGUUUAG